UCUCUCUCUCUCUCUCCUCUGCAGUUCCGAGCGAUCUUUCUCCUUAAUUAGAUUUCCGAGAAAUAGUCCCAUCUCCUAUUCCGUUCCCACAGAGCUGCUUCGUCUCUCGUCGAAACUGGACGCUCUGGCCAUCGCGAACCACCAAAGGAUCGGCUUCGGGUUCGGGUUCGGGUUCGGCUUGGUGAGGAGUAAUCAGAGGAUAGUAAUGGUUAGUCCGAUGAUUCCGAUGGAGAAGGACGAGAUGGGUGGGCCGCCGUGGCUGAGGCCGCUCUUGAAGACGAGCUUCUUCGUGCCCUGCGAGGUUCACGGCGACUCCGCCAAGAGCGAGUGCAACAUGUACUGCUUGGAUUGCACGGGGAGGGCCCUCUGCUCCUACUGCAUCCCCGCCCACAAGGACCACCACGUUGUUCAGAUUCGGAGAUCAUCGUAUCACAACGUGAUCAGGGUGUCGGAGGUGUCGAAAUUCAUAGACAUCUCCUUCAUCCAGACCUACAUUAUCAACAGCGCCAAGAUCGUCUUCCUCAACGGCAGGCCGCAGCCGAGGCCCGGAAAAGGCGUCACCAACACCUGCGAAAUCUGCUGCCGCAGCCUCCUCGACUCCUUCCGCUUCUGCUCGCUCGGCUGCAAGUUGGAGGGCAUGGAGCGAGACCCGCACCUCACCUUCACACUCCGGCCGAAGCCCUACCGCCCCGACUCGAUCCAUGGGUCGGAAUCCGACGAGUCCUCGACCCCGAGGAAGGUGCGGAGGACGGCGGCGUCGAACCAUUGGAUCGACCACGAACUCCGCUUGGCGGCGCCGCCGCAUUCGGACGACGAGGGCGGCCACCUCUCCAACAGCAUUUCCCCGGGGACUCCCCCAAUCAUCACCUACCGGACGUCGCCCCGUAAGGGUAAACCCCGCCGAGCCCCUCAGUUCUGAACAACCUCCAAUUAUUCUUAUUAUUAAUAAUUAUUAUCAUCAGAAUAACAUAUAUUUUUUAAAGCAAAAAAAAAAAAAAGUAAUGAAAAAAAAUUGUGAUAUGGGUAAUAAUUUAUUAAUGGAGAUGGAGAAGAAGCUUCCAAAGCAUGUAGAAAGAUAGAAUUAAAAGUGCUGGAUAUGGUCAAUAAAUAAGGAAAGGAAAGAUACCCACCACCACCACCACCACCACCACCACCACCAUCAUAUGGGGUGAUAGGGGUGAUGGUAAUGCG